AUGAAGUUUGUUGUCGGCAAAGAAAGCUGGCAUAUGGGGGGGUCUACCAUGAAAACUUUGGAAUCCAAAGUUCCUUUACCGUCAACAAGUUGGAUUUUCUCUAUAAUUUUUUUUUCUGGUUUGGAGGUUUCAUUUUGGGUCUGCUUGCUUUCUUCUUCCCUCGAUUCAUCUUUCACCUCCUUUGCAAGAGAAACAGAAAUGGCAGGGGCUUUAGUUGGAGGUGCGUUUCUCUCAGCUUCUCUCCAUGUUCUAUUUGACAGGUUGGCUUCUCGCGAGGUUGUGAGCUUCAUCCGGGGGCAGAAGCUCAGCGAUGCGCUCCUGAAGAAGUUGGAAAGGAAGUUGCUGGUCGUCCAUGCAGUGCUCAACGAUGCUGAGGUCAAACAAUUUACAAAUCCAUAUGUGAAGAAGUGGCUGGUCUUGCUUAAAGAGGCCGUGUAUGAUGCGGAGGACAUAUUGGAUGAGAUCACCACAGAGGCUUUGCGACACAAGGUGGAAGCUGCGGAGUCCCAAACCAGCACAAGUCAGGUGGGUAACAUCAUGGACAUGUCAACCUGGGUUCUCGCUCCAUUUUAUGGUCAGGGCAUAGAGUCUAGGGUGGAGGAGAUCAUUGAUAGACUAGAAGAUAUGGCACGAGACAGAGACGUCCUCGGGUUGAAAGAAGGCGUUGGUGAGAAAUUGGCACAAAGGUGGCCUUCUACUUCUUUGGUAGAUGAAUCUCUUGUCUAUGGCAGGGCUCAAAUUAAGGAGGAGAUGGUUCAACUGUUGCUGUGCAAUAAUGCAAGGAGUACUGAUGCGAUGGGUGUGAUCUCCAUAGUCGGCAUGGGUGGCACAGGCAAAACCACACUUGCCCAGCUUCUCUACAAUGACCAAAGGGUGAAGGAACACUUCGAUCUCAAGGCAUGGGUUUGUGUUUCCGAAGAAUUUGAUCCUAUCAGAGUAACGAAAACAAUUCUCGAGGCAAUCAAUUCAUCCACGUCCAAUACCACUGAUCUAAAUCUACUUCAGGUUCAACUGAAGGAGAGAAUUAAUAUGAAGAAAUUUCUACUUGUCCUUGAUGAUGUUUGGAACGAAGACUCUUGUGACUGGGAUACGCUACGAACUCCGCUCAUAGUCGGGGCAAAGGGAAGCAAGAUUAUUGUAACUACGAGAAGCACCAAGGUUGCAUCUGCCAUGCGUGCAGUCCAUACUCAUUGUUUAGGUGGGUUAUCCUCUGAAGAUGGCUGGUCCCUGUUCAAAAAACUUGCAUUUGAAAAUGGAGACUCAAGUGGGCAUCCACAACUAGAAGCAAUCGGAGAAAAGAUUGUCCACAAGUGCCAAGGUCUACCGCUGGCUAUAAAAGCAAUGGGGAGUCUCUUACACUCCAAGGUUGAAGCAAGAGAAUGGGAUGAUGUAUUAAACAGUGAAUUAUGGGAUUUGCCCACAGAUGCGGUUCUUCCUGCUCUGAGGUUGAGUUAUUAUUACCUGCCUUCACAUCUAAAACGUUGUUUUUCUUAUUGUUCAAUCUUUCCCAAAGACUACAAAUUCGAAAAGGAGAAGCUAGUUUUGUUAUGGAUGGCAGAAGGUUUGUUGGAACAAUCAAAAAGCAAGAAAAGACCGGAGGAGGUAGGCAAUUUGUACUUUGAAGAACUUCUAUCAAAGUCAUUUUUCCAAAAUUCAGUAAGUAAUGAGUCAUGUUUUGUAAUGCACGACCUUGUUAAUGACUUGGCACAAUUGGUAUCUAUAGAAUUUUCUGUUUCUUUGGAGGAUGGUAAGAUAUACAGAGUCUCGAAGAAAACUCGUCAUUUAUCGUAUUUGAUUAGUGAAUUUGAUGUAUAUGAGAGUUUUGACACACUUCCUCAAAUGAAGCGUCUCCGAACAUUUUUACCAAGAAGAAACUAUUAUUAUACAUACUUGAGUAAUAGAGUUUUACAGCAUAUAUUGCCAGAAAUGAAAUGUUUACGAGUGUUGUGUUUGAAUGGUUAUCUUAUUACUGAUUUGCCUCAUUCGAUUGAGAAGUUGAAACACUUGCGCUACUUGGAUCUCUCUAGGACAAGGAUUCAAAAGUUGCCUGAAUCGGUUUGUAACUUAUACAAUUUACAAACAAUGAUGUUAUUGGGAUGUGAUUAUCUCGUUGAAUUACCCUCAAGGAUGGAAAAAUUGAUUAAUUUGCGCUACCUUGAUAUUCGUUAUACUUCUUCAGUGAAAGAGAUGCCAAGUGAUAUAUGUAAGCUAAAGAAUUUACAAUCACUUUCUACAUUUAUUGUGGGCCAAAAUGGUGGGUUAAGAUUGGGAGCAUUGAGGGAGCUUUCGGGAAGUCUUGUCAUUUCAAAGCUGCAGAAUGUUGUAUGUGAUAGGGAUGCAUUAGAAGCUAAUAUGAAGGAUAAAAAGUACCUUGAUGAGUUGAAGUUGCAGUGGGAUUACAAGAAUAUCGAUGCUGGUGUUGUUGUGCAAAAUAGAAGGGAUAUACUCAGCAGCUUACAGCCACAUACAAACCUCAAGAGACUCCAUAUUUAUUCUUUUAGUGGUUUAAGCUUUCCAGCUUGGGUAGGAGAUCCUUCAUUCUUCAAUCUUGUUUACCUGAAGCUUCACAAUUGUAACAAUUGUCCAUCAUUGCCACCACUCGGGCAGCUACCCUCUCUUAAACAUCUUUCUAUCUUACAAAUGAAAGGAGUUAAAAUGGUGGGUAGUGAAUUUUAUGGGAAUGCUUCUUCCUCCAACACAAUUGAGCCCUCCUUCCCGUCCCUACAAACUCUAAGAUUCGAGAAGAUGUACAACUGGGAGAAAUGGUUAUGUUGUGGAUGCAGACGUGGAGAAUUCCCUCGUCUUCAGGAGCUUUGCAUAAAUGAAUCUCCCAAACUCACUGGGAAAUUACCAAAACAGCUUCGUUCAUUGAAGAAACUUGAAAUCAUUGGUUGUGAGUUGCUUGUGGGCUCCCUCCGAGCUCCUCAAAUCCGUGAAUGGAAAAUGUCGUAUUCUGGUAAAUUUCGGUUGAAAAGGCCAGCUUGUGGGUUCACUAAUCUCCAAACUUCAGUAAUUGAAAUUUCAGACAUUUCUCAAUUGGAGGAACUACCACCACGAAUACAGACGCUAUUCAUUAGAGAAUGUGAUUCGAUAGAGUGGGUAUUGGAGGAGGGAAUGCUACAAAGAAGCACAUGUCUUCUCCAACAUUUGUGCAUCACAAGUUGUCGUUUCUCCAGACCCUUGCACAGUGUUGGUUUCCCCACUACAUUGAAGUCACUACGUAUCUCGAAGUGUAACAAACUGGAGUUUCUCCUGCAUGCGCUAUUGAGAUCCCACCAUCCAUUCCUUGAAAGUUUAUCCAUUUGUGAUGUUAGCAGCCGUAAUUCUUUCUCAUUAUCUUUCUCAUUAAGCAUCUUCCCACGGUUGAACAGUCUCAACAUCUCUGAUUUCGAAGGGCUUGAAUUCCUCUCCAUCUCCGUUUCAGAGGGGGAUCCCACAUCUCUUAAUAGUUUUCAAAUCAUUCGGUGCCCUGAUCUUGUAUAUAUUGAAUUGCCCGCUCUCGAGUCUGCAAACUAUGAGAUCUCCAGAUGCAGGAAGCUGAAGUUGCUGGCGCACACGCUCUCAUCGUUGCAGGAAUUGAGGUUAAUAGAUUGUCCAGAAUUGUUGUUUCAGAGAGAUGGUUUGCCCUCCGACCUACGUGAAGUUGAAAUUUCAUCCUGCAACCAACUCACAUCUCAGGUGGACUGGGGUUUGCAAAGACUGUCCUCUCUUACAGAAUUCAGAAUCAAUGAUGGAUGCCGAGACAUGGAAUCAUUUCCCAAUGAGUCCCUACUGCCCUCCACACUUACCUCUCUUCACAUAUCUAAUCUUCCGAAUCUCAAGUCUCUGGACAGCAACGGGCUUCGACAUCUUACCUCUCUAACAACAUUAUACAUCUCCAACUGCCGUAAGUUCCAAUCCUUCGGAGAAGAGGGGCUUCAACAUCUUACCUCUCUUGAAGAGUUAGAGAUGGACUUCCUCCCUGUGCUCGAAUCCUUGAGAGAAGUAGGUCUUCAACACCUCACCUCUCUUAAAAAAUUGUUUAUCUCUGACUGCGAUCAGCUCCAAUACUUGACAAAAGAGAGACUGCCAAACUCCCUCUCUUGGCUGAAAAUCUAUGGUUGUCCUUUGCUAGAGUGUAGAUGCCAAUUUGAGAAAGGCCAAGAUUGGGAAUAUAUAGCUCACAUUCCACACAUAGUGAUAGAUCGUGUGCUAUACUAAUGACUAAUGAAGGUGGUGAUUCCACAUACAUAAUGACUUGGGUGUGCCAUACAGUCAGUCAGGUUAACAAAAGUUUGUGGCAAUAUACACAAACUUGUAAGAUUCCAUUGCCUAUGGUCAGGCAGGCAAGGUGCCAAGUAGCCCUCCACGUAUAAGAGACUUGUGUUCUUGAUAUAUGACUAUAAUCUUUCCAAUGAAACAAUAUUUGAUGAGUCUCCCCCUGGAAAGGCAGCAGCAAACACACUUCUGAGACUAUUCCAUUGGAAAUUUGCAAUAUGGCCUGCGUCAAUUUUUGCUGCCCUGUUGUUGGAGAUUUGAGUGUGCAAAAAUACUCUGCCCUUUGACUUCAGGUUUUUUCUCUUAUGCUACAAGACUGAAAACAAAGAAGUGAAGAGGUGUGGAGGAAGACUGACAAUAGGCAGGCAUGGACGAAUUUCUGGUAGUUUAUGAAGAAAGAAGUCAAAGCACCUCUAAGCUCUGGUCGUUGGGAACUGUCAAUCUUGCCAAGUUCAGUUCAGUUGUGUGUGACGUCUACUUGUCCUGAGCUCCAUCCUUGAUAGAAGUGGAUCUUCAACAUCUUGUGCUGCAAGAUAUUAAGAUUGGAUUUGUGGUUCUAGUAUCAAGUCUCCUAAUACACAAACUUUUAAGAUGUUGUUGCCUAUUGUCAUAACACAUUGUGCCAAUCAGUUCUUGAGGCUUUCCAUAUGAUUUUCUCACUAGACAUUUGGCAAUGAUCUUUCUUCAAUGACUCCCCAUGAAAGACAACAGCCAAGAUACAUGCCCUCGACUCUUUCAUUGCUACAAAUCAGGAACAAAGAUAUCAAGAGUGAAGAAAUAUUUGAAUCCAGGUAGCUCAUACUAAACAAAGUCACUUGUAUACUCUCCAUGAAUCAAGAGACCCUCUUCAUAAUCUGCAAAUUACAAGUUGCUCUUACAUCAUUCUGUAGGUUGUAUGAGGUUGAAAUGUGUGGUAUCUUAUACCUAACCAGAAAGAAACAGGUUGCUGGGGAUGGAAGGUGGAGUGAGGAAGGUUCUGCUCUUUCAGUGCCUGAAAACUUAACUGAUAUUAAACAGAGAGAUGACAAUCAGCAUUUUACCAGAGAUGGUGUUUCCUGUGCUUCUGCUUGCAUAAAGGGAGAGAUCACCAAUUAGUUACAUUCCUAAGGUCUUCUGUCUCAUGUUGCUGUUGGGAUGAUUACUUAGAUCACUGUCAUGUAUCCUAUUCAGAAACAGGAUCCUUUUCUUAGAAUUGACAAUGUUCCUGUGCUUCUCAUUGGAGGAAUUCCCAUUGUUUGUAUCUGCAGAGUCGGAUGUUUAGAAAGAUUUUGACAUCCUGAAUACAAGGAAUUCCCAUUGUACACAGACAGAUAAUAAACAUGUCUUCUGUUUCAGAUAUCUCAGCCAGCCCUUUGACCAUCCCUCAUGAGUCACCUUCAUUAACUGGUGCUGAGAGCUUCUGCAAAGGCGUCUGAGGAUGCUGCUGUUUUAGUUCUAGGAAGAUGAUUUGUAUUAAACAAGGAGAUCUUGGGUGUGUUACUACCAAAGCUAAGAAACCUGAAAUCCUUUUGGUUUCAAAAAUGAUGUCUUCCUCUCAAUUAACCAUUUGUUAAUGGAUACAUACAUUUUACGUGCA